AUGGUCUGCGAAAAGUGCCAGAAGAAGCUGGGCAAGGUCAUUACGCCAGAUGCCUGGAAGUCGGGCGCUCGGAACACUACGGAGGGCGGAGGACGAUCGAUAAAUGAGAAUAAGGCGCUGACAUCAAAGAAGAACCGCUUCACGCCGUACACUAAGUUUGAGACGUGUAAAAUCUGCAAACAGAAGGUUCAUCAGGCUGGAUCACACUACUGCCAAUCCUGCGCCUACAAGAAGGCAAUCUGCGCCAUGUGUGGGAAAAAGCUCUACAGUACGAAAAACUACGCACAAUCUUCCGUAUAA